AUGGCUCCCCUUAUGCCCGUCGCCGUCUUUGGCUUGGAGGUUCCUCCUGGCGAGAUCCUCAUUCCCGCCGCCUCCGAGUUCCCUGCUAUCAUUCACAUCACCAUGGCUGCCCUCGAUCCUACCAAGGCUCCUGAGGCCAACGGCCAGGGCAACGUCCCCGCUCUCCCCCGCUCGACCCUGAAGAUCAUCAAGGCUACUGGCCACGACCACGACGAUGAUGACGAGGAGGAGGACGAGUACCUCCAGUCUCUCCUUGGCGGCGGUGACUCCGACGAUGAGGCCAACGGUGGCCCCAGCGAUCCCUCCAAGUCCAAGAAGGCCAAGCAGGAGGCUGCCAUCAAGAAGCUUAUGGCUGCUACCCAGGAGGAGUCUGAUGAGGAGAUGGAGGACGUCAAGCCCAAGAAGGGCAAGGGUAAGGCCAAGGCCGAGGAGUCCGACGAGGAGGAGAGCGAUGAGGAGAGCGACUGCUGCGGCGAGGAUGACCUCCAGCUCGAGGACUACGUUGUCUGCACUCUCGACACUGAGCGCAACUACCAGCAGCCCAUUAACAUCACCAUCGGCGAGGGCGAGAAGGUCUUCUUCUGCGUCCAGGGUACGCACUCUGUCUACCUCACCGGUAACUUCGUUGUCCCCGAGGAUGACGACGAGGACAGCGAGGAUGAUGAGGAUGAGUCCGACGACGAGGAUUACGACUUCCCCCUUGGCGGCGAGGAUGACGAUUCCGAUGACAUGAGCGACGAGCUCGACGAGCUUGACGGCACCCCCCGUGUCAAGGAGAUCACCUCGGAAGAUGAGGAGGCUCCCAAGCUUAUCGACACCAGCAAGAAGGGCAAGAAGCGUGCCGCCGAGGAGGAUCUUGAUGCCAUGAUCUCCAAGGAUGACAAGAAGCUCAGCAAGAAGCAGCAGAAGAAGCAGAAGGUUGAGGAGGCCAAGAAGGAGGAGCCUAAGAAGGAGGAGGCCAAGAAGGAGACCAAGUCCGACAAGAAGGUCCAGUUCGCCAAGAACCUCGAGCAGGGUCCUACUGGCCCUGCCAAGGACAAGCUUGAGAACAAGAAGCCCGUCUCCACCGUCAAGGUCGUCCAGGGCGUCACCAUCGACGACAGGAAGGUUGGUACCGGCCGUACUGCCAAGAACGGCGACCGUGUCGGCAUGCGCUACAUCGGAAAGCUCCAGAACGGCAAGGUCUUCGAUUCUAACAAGAAGGGUGCCCCGUUCUCCUUCAAGCUCGGCAAGGGUGAGGUCAUCAAGGGCUGGGACAUCGGUGUUGCCGGCAUGGCUGUCGGUGGCGAGCGUCGCCUCACCAUCCCUGCCCACCACGCCUACGGCAGCCGCGCCCUUCCCGGCAUCCCCCCCAACAGCACCUUGAUCUUCGACGUCAAGCUCCUCGAGAUCAAGUAA